AUGUUCCACGCUCGUGCAACACCGGAGGAACAGAAGAACUGCGCGGCGCCGCCAGCAAGAGAGGAGAACGUAGUUGUACCUGAAUUGGUGAACGCUAUCGUCGGUCUUCCUUCGACUUCUCAUCCAGCGUUGCUUCUUACAUCGGUGGAUUUACUUGGCAGUGCUAGUGAGUGGCUGAGUAAAAAUACAUCCUAUCUAGGAAAGGUUGUGGAAUGGAUCCUUCAUUUAGCAGUUACACCGUCAUUCGCAGCUCCAGCUGCUGAAGCAAUAGACAAGGCGAGCAAAGAAAAAACAUGUACUAUACUAAUUAUGAAUCUUCCUGAAGCAGGGAUUCGCCUACGCCUAAGUGAACUGUGUCAGCCAAUAAUUGAACGUUUACAAAUGGUCAUAUCUUCAACGCCAGUGAUUGUUACAAACAAUGAGAAUGAGAAGGCUGCCGAUUCGUGGGCGAGAAUUGCGGGCGAGCCAGUACUGUGGAUCGAUCGUAUUGCUACCAUAUUUCGAGAAGUUCGGCCGUGGAAUGGCGGGAGCUUGAAAACUGUGAACAGCAUUGCUUCUGAUGCUGCUCCCUGGCUUGAUAUCGCAACGAAAUUGUACGAAGUUCUGUCGGAGACACUUAAACGUUAUGAAAGUACAUCCAGAAUUGUAGAGCACUGUUGUCGAUCUAUCAGGUUUAUUGUUCGGUCACUCGGUAUGCAGUCGAUUGGGUUUGUUGAGCCUUUGAUCACACAGAUGAUGGAUAUUUUCUCACGACAUCAGCACUCCUGCUUUCUUUACUUGUCUUCCAUACUAGUCGAUGAGUAUGGUAGUAUGGAGUCAUUACAACCUGGUCUUAUGAUAAUGCUUGAGUCCCUCGCCCAUGGAACUUUCACAGUGCUGACUUUGGAAAAUGGGCCACGCGACCAUCCAGAUACUGUGGAUGAUUUAUUCAGACUUGCAAUGAGAUUCGUCGUUCGUGCUCCAUCUGCUUUCUUUGUACAUCCCGUUGCAACAGCGUUAUUCGAAUGUGCAAUGGUGUGCCUGUCGUUGGACCACCAGGAAGCAAACCGAUCUGUUACACGAUUCUUUGUUUCCAUCAUAGAGCAACUUCUUUCCGCUAGAAAGGCUGGUUUUCGGGACACUGGAGUCAUAGCUGCAGAGGAUCUCGUCAUUGUUCAUGGUGCAAAACUCACGGAACUUUGUUUGCAGGCAGCUAUUUUCCAGGCUAGUGAAUAUCUUUUGCAAACUUUAUGA